ACCACAUUUUUUACUAAAUGAAUCUCUUUAAUUCUGAUACAGACUGCACAGACCUCUCAGAUGUAAAGAAUCAAGAUUGCUGAUAUGAUUACCUCUGAAUUCUGUCUUUACCUUGACUGAAAACAACUAGAAGCCUCCCAGCUAUAUAUAGACACUGUCCUAGGCAACUUGUCCCGGGGCAUUCUGUGUUCAUGAAACCGGGAGGAAGAGCAUCUCCAGAAGUUAGAGUCAGAAAUGAGUGGAUCUUGUAAAAGCACUUCUCCCAAAAGGAUUAUCCACUUUGCUGAUGGAGACACCAUGGAGGAAUACAGCACAGAAGAAGAUGAAGAAAAAGAGGAACAGAACUCAGCAUGCGACUCUUGUAAGCCUUCAUGGGGAUCAUACAUCUGGUUUCGGGCAGGUCAAGUGGCAAGCAAUUCGAUUUCUACUUGUGAACUCCUUGGUGAAAGAUUUGCUGUCUUUUUUGGCCUCACUGAACCCAAAUACCAGUAUGUGCUGAAUGAGUAUCACAGAACACAAAAUAAGGAAGGUGAUAAGGAAAGUGAUGGGAAGGAAUCAAAGGCCCAGGAUGCUAAGGUUCCUGAUGAAAAGUGUCACCUGGGAGCUGGUGGCCAAGAGUAUGGGGCCAUCGCUUCUGGAGAAGGGCUGGAGGCAGAUACCAGCUCUUGA